AUGCACGGCUCUAUGAACGGCGAUUCGGCGGUGGGGGCGAACUCGGUGACUGCUCUUCUUGCUGAGCGAGCGAACGGCAGUAGCACAAACAUGCUCUCUCAAAUCCACGAAGCCCUCGAAGUCGUCCAUGGCCCCUAUUCUUCCAACGAGUCCCGUCGGCAAGCGUCCUCAUUUCUUGAGGAACUGAAGGUCAACGACGAAGCUCCCUACCACGGCUUUACUUUAGCCUCCGACUCUGGCCAACAAGCCGUUGUUCGCCACUACGCCCUCUCCCUUCUCGAAUAUGCGAUCAGACACAAGUGGGCGGAAUAUUCGGACGAGCAAGCAGCUGCGUUGAGGCAAUGGGUACUGGACCUCUCGCGGAAUAUCUCCGCUGAAGAUCCGUUAUAUCUGCGAAACAAGACCGCACAAUUAUGGGUUGAGAUUGCAAAGAGGAGCUGGGCUGCGGCAUGGCUUGACAUGGAUGAGCUGCUCGUACAGCUCUGGAAUCUUCCCGGGUCCGUGGUACAUAAAGAAUUUGUGCUGUUUGUCCUCGAAACUCUCUCUGAUGAGGUCUUUAACGGGGACGAUACCGUGGCUAUUCUGCGGGAGGGAGCCUUGAGCAAGGCUUGCGUAGAGAUCUUCACACCUGCGAUCGUACUAGCUGAGCAGUUUCCAAAUCGCCAAGUUGGAACGUCUGUUAGAUACGGCGAGGAGGGUUGGUUAGUCCGUCUAGGCGAAUUGCUCAAUCAGUGUCUAGAGACCGAUCUCCACAAUAAUUCGCAAUAUCAGAGCUGCGCGGUGAAGGCUUUGGCAGUUUAUAAAUCUGUCAUGCCUUGGGCUGUGCCAAGGGCCAUUGCGAGUGCCUCAUGCGUUCAGCAUAUGUGCAAGAGCCUUGCUGCAUCAAGCGUCGCCGUGCAACUGGCAUCUGUCGAAGCACUUCAUGCCUUGUAUUGCCGGAGCCAGUUUCGAGAUGAGGAAUUCGUGUCUCUCGUUUGUCCUAUGUAUACUAGCCAAAUGGUGGACUUGCUCCGGAAGCUAUACGAAUGGUCUGUUGUGGAUCCUCACAACAUCGACGAUGAGAAAUACCUCUUUGCCAAGAAGUUCUCAGAGAUGAUGUCAAACCUUGGAACUUUCAUUGAGCAAAAGAUAUCGGCCAUCCCAGAAGACUGUGAUCUUCCAAACCUAUUGAACCUUUUCCUUGGUAUUAGUCAAAGUCCAAGUUUUGUCGUCUCGAUACCCAUUCUCGUUACAUGGACACGGUUGCUACGUUCCAAUACCAUCGCGGAUUCUCCUACUAUCACCACAUUAAUUGCUCCCCUGCUCGAACUUUGCCGUUCAAGACUAAUACGCUAUGAGAGCAUCCCUGAAGAUUCAGAUGACCCCUGCAUGGUCUUUUUGCUGGAGGAUAUUGACACAAUACCUGAGCGACAUGCUUUUCUUGGAAAUUACAGGCGGUAUUGCAUCCAGAUAAUCGAGCUUAUUGUUCGUCAAAAGCAAUCUGAGGCUAUCUACCAUAUAUUAGGCCAAAUUGACCAGUCGAUACAACACCUUUACGAUGGCCAACCUCCAUUUUCUGCUGAUAAAUACUCUAAAAGCUCCAUGGCUCUAUUGCGGCUAGAUGCUCAUUUCGCUGUUGUUGAAGCGGCACUGAAAGGAUAUAUGAAAUGGCGUGCGGUACACGGGUCAAAGCUGCAGGAAGAUGACCAAGAGCGUGUAAAUAUCGAGACCAAUCUCGAGGCAUGGUGCGACCGAUUGUUGGAGCUAAACUUUGAGGACCCCCUUAUCCGGAAGAGAAUAAUGCAGCUUGCCGUUGCCUUUUCAACCACUGCUUUAGACAAGAAAGUUGGCUUUAUGCUGAAAGUCCUUGAGCAUAUUCUCAUGAGCCAGCUGGCCGAGAGGCCGGAACACCCUGUUUACACAGAAGCUGUAAAAGAACUUCAAGCUGACAGCAUGCAUGAGCUGCAACGAUUAGCGAUCAAGAUGCCGGAUCAAUUAUUAGAUGUAUACGAACAACUUGAGGCUAAGAUUAAUGAAAUUAUCGCAUCUGGGACACUUGACAACAAAAGACAAGUCUCCUAUCAAACAUUUCUGUUCACAAUCAUUCACCGUGCCACAACUAUCGAUCCGGGUCUCCGGCUGCAGAAACUCCAGAGCUUCAUUAACCCAGUCCAGCAACUCUGGCAAAAUCCCGCAAUUGACCACUCACUCUCUAGUUUUGACGGCUUUUGCGAUAUGUUAGGAUUAACUGACGUUCGACACUAUCUUGUCAGUCGGCGAGUUCUUGAAAUCCAAGACUGGGCACAUUAUCAACUCGAUGCUGAGGGGCAGGCUUUGCAAAGCCAGCUGGAAGAGCGAUUAAAGACACUUCCUUUACGAACCACAAAAAGCUUUCUUGCCUGUUCAACAGACAAGAUCGAGAGAGAUACACCCGCCUACAAGGUUUCGUGUGCAUUAUGGCGCGAUGCCCUCCCCGUUAUACUUCCAAACUUGCUGAAGUUUCUAAGUAAUGCGCAUGCUUUCCAUAAUCCAGACAACUGGUCCGGACUUCCCCCUGAGAUGAGGUCCCUGGUAAGCCGCAUCCUCACGGACCGAUUCUGGCAAGCGGGAAUAUCUGAAGGCACGAAAGAAGAGUUCUAUGCCCGUGUCAGUGGAACCAAAUCUACGAUGGAGGGUUUCGCGUCGUCAAUCCGUGGGUCUGUCCGUACUAUUCGGGAGGCAUGCUAUUCGAUUCUGUGGUGUAUGAGUCGAUUAGAUGUCGACUUUUAUGGGUUCAGUGAACUCCCUGGACCACUUGCACAUGCUCUGUUUUCGGAUGCUCACUGCCUUUCCACCCAUCAAAUUAUCGCAUUGCUCAAUGUGGUGCGACUGAUGGUCGAUGAUUGUCCAGUUGAAGUUCGGAGCCAUUUUGUCCCCCCGAUUUUAGCGACUUGUUUUGCUCAGAUGGAUACCAAGAUUAGUUCGCAAUGGGAACGACUAGCCCAGAAGCAGGUAUCUCAGACCGGUGCUGAUAAUUUAACGGAAGAAAUGAAAGAGGAGAGCAUCUUGCGCCAGUUAACAUAUACUGCUGUUAUGAUGAUUGGUGGCUUCCUGGAUCCAGCACGAACAAAUCGGCAGGCUGGCUCACCUGAUGGCAAAGAAGCCUCGACUUACGGUGCGGAAGGCAACCCAGCCUCUGCUUACCCGUCGAUACGGAAGUUCUGCCUAACAUCCUCCACCAUUCUUGAACCGCUCCUCUUAUUUCUUUCCCACGCAAUACGUAUGCGUGAUAGCCGAAGUUGCAAUGUCGUGCUUCGAGUUUUCCGGUCCAUCGUUCCGGACUUUGCUGCAAGUCCACAGGACUCAGCCCUGUCCUCUUCCAUCCGUGAAUUCAUCAGCACCGACGUUUUGAAGGCGUGCAUCUCUUCUCUGAAUGAGCCUUAUUUCGUUGAUCAGCAAAAGGAACUCGCCCAAUUGAUCGCUUCGAUCCUCACUUCAUACUCACCGAGCACGGAAACCCCACGGGAAAUCCUAAUCAGUCUCCCGGGUAUCCAGAAGUCAUCAGUGGAUAAGUGCAUCGAUUACCUUACGCGACCCAGCAUGCAGCAACGCCAGCAACGGGCACUCGUGCUUGAUCUCCUUCGAGAUCUGAAAGGCGUCAGUAUCAGCGAGCAAGGCCGCAUCACCAAAUCCGCCUCUACCGUAAGGAAAGAACGGAGCAAGAUGCAGCAAGAGUUCAUGAAAGAGCAACCUAAGGCCGGGGAUCGCAGACCAAGCCCGAGUCUUGAUGGCGUGGCCGGGAUGUUCGCGGAGCAAUGA